UUGAAGCAAGCUCAGCACUGUGAUUCGUCGCUGUCGAUGGUGAAGAUGAAGGGGAAAAGCCAAAGCCAAAGGAUUGGAAAAAAGAGUAGAAAAAUGAAGGGCGCGUUGAGUACCACUACCAACACCACUAGACACUUGCAGCUUCAGCUAGGUCAAGUGUCCCUCAUUCCACUCCAACAACCGUCUUCUACUACUGCUACUACUUCUUCCGCAGUUUCUUGCUUCCAGAACCUUCUAGAUGCAGAAGCUCCCAAUGCGUCUUCCUCUCGCGUGGCGCUCAUCGACAACGCUGCCGCCGCCGCCGCCGCCGCCGACGACAGAGACUUUAUUCUCAGCCAGGAUUUCUUUUGCACUCCGGAUUACAUAACUCCGGAUAACCAGAACGUUUUCAACGGCUUUGAUUGCGAUAGGGAAAAUACGCCUUGUCCCAAAUCGCCGGAGAAGCUCAACACUACCAAAAGCAAGAGAUGCCGACCUGAUGCUAUGUCAGUACACCCUCUCAGCCCUACCUUCUGUAGUGACCAUCAACCAGUUGUGGAACUUGGAAAGGACUCUGGUACCGAAGAACUGGCUCUUGAGAAAACAAUAGCACCUGGGAAACCAAAGGCUCAAAAUUAUGUGUCACAUUCUGCAGUUGCAUUGCGUUGCAGGGUUAUGCCUCCUCCUUGCUUUAGGAACCCCUAUUUAAAAGACGUAUCAGACAAGGAUUUAGAUCCUUUUGGAAACCAAAGAUUGAAAUGUGCAGGUCUCUUCCCUGCAUUUACUGGUGGUGAUGGGCUUUCACGCUACCGCGCUGACUUUCAUGAAAUUGAGCAAAUUGGCAGAGGGAACUUUAGUAGUGUUUUCAAAGUAUUAAAACGAAUAGAUGGUUGCUUGUAUGCUGUGAAGCACAGCACCAGACCAUUACGCCUGGAAACAGAAAGGACAAAAGCUUUGAUGGAAGUUCAAGCUUUGGCAGCCCUAGGUUUGCAUGAGAAUAUUGUGGGCUACUAUUCUUCAUGGUUUGAAAAUGAACAACUGUACAUUCAGAUGGAGCUAUGUGAUCACAGCUUAUCUAUAAGAAAAUACUCCGCUUUAUUUACAGAAGGACAAGUGUUAGAUGCCUUAUUUCAGGUUGCCAAUGCACUGCAAUUUAUACACGAGAAGGGAAUAGCUCAUCUAGAUGUCAAACCUGAUAAUAUUUAUGUGAAAAAUGGUGUUUAUAAGCUUGGUGAUUUUGGAUGUGCAACUCUUCUUGAUACUAGCCUGCCAAUUGAGGAGGGCGACGCACGUUAUAUGCCCCAGGAAAUCCUUAAUGAGAAUUAUGAUCACCUUGACAAGGUUGAUAUCUUUUCCUUGGGAGCUUCUAUUUAUGAACUAAUUCGUAGGUUGCCUUUGCCAGAAUCAGGAUGUCAAUUUUUAAAUCUUAAAGAGGGCAAGUUUCCCCUUCUGCCUGGUCAUUCGUUGCAACUUCAAAACUUGCUCAAGGUCAUGAUGGACCCUGAUCCGGUGAAGCGGCCUUCUGCUAAAGAAUUGAUAGAGAAUCCAAUUUUUUGUAGGAUUCAAAGAACAGCAAGUUGAUAAACCACGAUUUAUUGUGUUUCGGUUGGACCAUAUACGACCGGUCUUGAUUAUGUCAUGGCCAAUUUUGUGAAAUAUCUUUUCGGAUAUGUAUGCACCAAAUUUAUCUCGAGUAUGGUGCAAAUAUUGUAAAUUUAACGGUCCAAUUAUGCAUUGUAUUGUACUAAGGAUCUGCGAAUGACAAUUGGCAAAGACAAGCCCCUUGAAGUAAACAAUUGACUUUUGUUAUUCCUGCUGCAUUUUCUUGUACCUCAUUCGAAGGCAAAGAUUAUAAGAAAGGCUAAAUCGAAUGAAUUAGCGCA